GUGAUUUGACAGACAUGUAUUUUGGCCAUCACGUAAUGCCGUAGUUGGAAAGAUGGCGGCCCUGGCGCUGGUUAGCCGUCCUGUGAGUGCCCUUCCAAAGAUUUCAAGUAGCUGCUGCCCUGCUGUUCUGUCAGCGGCCUCUGUCUCCACAGUCCAGCAGAGGAAACUGCACCAUGCUGUCGUCCCCAAAGGGAAAGGAGGACGCUCCUCCUCCAGUGGAAUAGCAGCAACAGUGUUUGGUGCCACAGGAUUUCUGGGUCGAUAUGUCGUCAACAGGCUGGGUCGUAUGGGCUCUCAGAUCAUAAUCCCUCACCGCAAUGAUCAGUAUGACAUCAUGUACUUCAGGCCCAUGGGUGAUCUGGGGCAAAUCAUUUUCAUGGAGUGGGAUGCCAGGAACAAAGACUCCAUCAAGCAGGCGCUGGAGAACUCCAAUGUUGUCAUCAAUCUUGUGGGCAGAGAGUGGGAGACGAGGAACUACAGCUUUGAGGAUGUCUUUGUGAACAUCCCACAGCAGAUCGCCAAGGCAGCUAGAGGGGCCGGCGUCACAAAGUUAAUUCACAUGUCUCACCUCAAUGCUGAUAUCCGCAGCACAUCCAAAUACCUGAGGAAUAAGGCUGUAGGAGAGCAAGCAGUGCGGGAUGAGUUUCCUGAUGCCAUCAUCAUGAAGCCCUCUGAGGUCUUUGGGAGGGAGGACCGAUUCUUCAACUAUUACGCAAACAUGCGCUGGUUUGGGAAUGCUGUUCCACUCAUGGGCAUGGGGAAGAAGACUGUGAAGCAGCCUGUUUAUGUGGUGGAUGUGGCCAAGGCCAUUAUCAACGCUGUCAGAGAUCCUGACGCUAAUGGAAAGACAUACGCAUUAGUUGGUCCCAACCGUUACCUCCUCUAUGACCUGGUAGAGUACAUCUACGCUGUGGCACACAGGUCUUUUCUGCCCUACCCCCUGCCCCGCCCACUCUAUCACAUUGUCGCUCAAUUUUUCGCAAUGAACCCGUUUGAGCCAUGGACGACCCCCGACAAAAUCGAAAGGUUUCACCUUACAGACAUGAAGUACCCGGGACUUCCUGGUCUGGAGGAUCUUGGCAUCACUCCUACCACUGUAGAGCAAAGAGCCAUUGAGAUUCUGCGCCGCCACCGCAGAUUCCGUUACCUGGAGGCUGACCUGGACGAGACAAAGCCAGCCAAGACCGUCAAUUAUUAAACCCUGUAACAACCUCCCAACAUCACAUUGGCAGCCAGAGGAUGUCAGUAUGUCCAACUCCUCUUAAACUAUAUUCUGUAAAUAAAUGAAAAAAAUAUCCUCUAA